AUAAUUUUGUGUAGCGUCAAAACAGCACCAUGUAAAGAAAUUACUGCAAAUAAUUGUUUUUUUCUGUACAUUACACCAUCAAACGCUUUUAACAUGUCGCUAGUGACAUUUUUGCUUUAUCUUGAUAAAUAACAUCACAGUAAUAAAAAUAUCAAUAUGGAUCCAGUAAGACCAAACAAUAGCGAAAUGAAAGAACAAAUCGGCUCUAACCAAGCUGAACACACCAAUAUGAUACCACCCAACCGCUCCGAACAAAAACAUUAUUGCACCUAUAUGUGCCAAACUAAUCGUAUCAAGCCAUCUUCGGACCAGGAGAGAGUCUUCAAAGGAUGCUGCGUAAGACCUUCCCGCGAACUUAUUGAACAAGUAAUGGAGGAUGAACCAAAACUCGUUGAAAGAACUCAAGGCUUAUGCGAUAAUUUAGAUACAACAAAUACGGAAUGCCUCAGAGAGGCCGAUUUAUCAACAGGAUACGCUUCAACUACGACAUUGGAAAAUAGCGAAUUUUCUGACGAAAAAACAACUGAUGAAGGCGAAAAUCCUAAUUUAUUGCAUUUGACAAAAAUGCAAUGGCUCACUGAUAGUCAAACCGAUUCCACCGAUUCCAGAUCAAGUACACCACCUAUUUCACGGAGCGUAUCUUUUGCCGUCCCAGAAUCGAGUGAUUCUGAAGGAGACAUGAAGGGCUGCGUCAGCUUUGGAGAGAAGUGUCUCUCGACGAUCUUACGAUUGGACAAGGAACACAAUAUGUUUGGUUUGUCCAAUAUUACCAUCGUCGAUUCUAAAAUGCUGAAGAAAUCCCGUAAAGACGAUAAGGACCCAGCAUUUCCUCAAACAACUAUCAUACAACUGCUUUGCUGCGAGAAAAAAUGUUGUCACAAGUGCGGAAAGUGUUACAGCUGCACCGAUCCAUUUUGUUCGUCAUGCAAGUCGUGUGGGAUAGUGUGCUCACUGCCCUGCACAUUGCCCUGUGUUGUAUCUGCACGAUCUAGUAGAGCUCUACCAUGUCCUAAACCGAGUAUAAGAAUAACGCCUUGCGGGUCACCUUGCGGCAGACGUUGCAGAAGUCCAUGCAGAAGUCCGUGCUUUCCGCCAUGCAGAAGUCCAUGCUCUUCGCCAUGCAGAAGUCCAUGCUCUCCGCCAUGCAGAAGUCCAUGCAGAUCUCCAUGCGCUAGGCCGUCCAAAAUACCGUUCCUUAAGCCAACGCCUUGUAAAAUACCAUGUGGGACGUGCUGUGACAACCCACCAUGCAUGAUUUGCUGCUACAAGGGCAGGAUAAAGUGUAAGCGAGUGCCCUGUGCUAAACCAAGAUGCUUGAUGGACUGUAAUACUCGUUACGGCAUGAAGAUCUCAUUGAAGCGAAAACCAAAGUUUGAACCGUCUCCGGUCGAGAUAACGCCACGAUCAAGUUGUAUUUUAAAAAAGCCCGUAGCUGCCAGGUCCUGCCAUCACUUGCCGCGUUGUUCACCACCAUCUUCUUGCUUUCCGUAUUUAAUGCCUUGUUUCUGGCCUCCGCGAGCGAGCGCGCCGUGCAACAAUCCCUCCCGUUGCUUCCACAACCCGCCCUGUCUUCCGCCACGGAGGAGAAAGUCACCAAUACCUUCGCAAUAUUCAUGCACCCGCGAUAAGAAAUGCCUGGAUGAAACUAAAAAUUCGAUAUGUCCUAACCCGACGUGUCCUGGGAAAAACGAAACAUUCAAAGCGGAGAUAGAAAAAAGAUUUGGAAAAGGCAAAUAAAAAAUAAUGGCCGAUUCCAAGAAUACCAAGAAUCCAAAAAAUCCCAAGAACCCACAUUGCUCUUGUUCGUGUGAAAAGAAAGUUGAAACUCCAUGCGAUGAAUAUAUUUUCUACCCAAACAUUAAGAAGAAAGCC